CAUGUGGAUGAGUUUGCUGAGAUUCUUGCGAAUCGUAUUCUCGAAACUGUCAUGGAUAAAUCAAAUUCACCUAAUGUCUUCCAUUUGGUGGUGAAUGCAACCGGAAAAAGCGAUCCUAUCGUGCAGAGUGUCAGUCACAUGCGUGUUCUUGCAGCCGAAGAAGCAUAUGUCGAUUUGACUGAAGUGCUUUCGUUGCUGCCGAAUAGUCUAAUGAUUGAAAUACGUCCUGGAUCGGUGAACGCGUUGAAUGCCGACACUGGACAAGUGAAACCAAUUUAUCCACAAAUAACAUCGCCAGCCAAAUCUCAAGAUUACGGUAGACGAUAUCGUACACGUAACGGUAAUGGCAAUAACAAUACGUCCAAUUCACCGAAUACGUCGUCGAUUAGACACGGUGAAAAAUUAAAGAGAAGACCACAGCUGAGAGUUGAACAUCACUAUAGCUCUACUGAGAUCAAUAAUCAAAUUUGUAUACGUCCAUAUUUUGAACUGGAACGUGGUAGUGGAGUGUAUACGGCAAAAGCAUUUGCAGCAACGCGAUUCGGCUCAACGAAACCAAAGAAUCAUCAGCGAGUAGAUGCUGGAAGUGGCUAUCAUCCGUAUACAACACCGUCGUUAAACGCUUAUCUGCAGCUGCUGAUCUUUUUGAAUGCACUCGCUUGCAUCAGUGUAUGGUCAGAGAAACUUGAAAAAGAACGAGAAAAUUUGAAUAAUAAUGAAACUCCAAUUCAUGAGCAAUAUCCAGAGAACGAUUUCGAUACCAUGUGUGCAGCAAAUUUUCUGAUGAACGGUUAUCAACAGUCAAUGGCCACAGAGGCUGAGUAA